GACCCAGAGACUCUGCUGAUCUGAUCCCCUGAUGGUGCAGAACUGAAUGUGAAUGACUGACUACCGUGAUUGUGAAAACCGAAAAAAUUAUUAUGACAUUCCGUCAAUGAAUUACCGGUAAAAAACGGAUAUCGAUGGGGACGCAAAAGCCGGGAGAGUGGGCGAACUCGCUCAUUGCGCGAUUCGAGGACCAGUUGCCAUGUCGAACUGGUCCACAGACCACACACUCCCGGCUGAACGAGGAGAAGAACAAAAAAUGUUUGAUUAAAAUUUCGCGCUACCGAUUUUCCCUCGUGAUAUCCGGCCUAACGAAGAUGCUGCAACGCGUCAACGAAAUGGUACCCUCGACAGGAGGUCAACGGUCCUUCCAUUCCACAGACCAGGAUCGAAACUGCUACGAAUCCAUCAUCAUAGUAUUAGAUACCCUAGAACGAUGUCUCGCCAAUCAGCCUAAAGAUACCACCAAAUACGAAGAGGCCAUGAACGUGAAAAAAACGCUCAAAGAAAUAUGCCAGUUCAUAGAUAUUCCAAACGACAGUCCUCAAAACGCUCAUCUCAAAAAUCUGGCUAGCAAAGUUCUCUUCGCUCUCAGCUUAAAUUUUUUCAAUGCUGUCUUCAAUCGAAUUUCUGCUCGACUGCAAGAACUUUCCGUCAGCAGCGAGGAAAAUCCUGAUUACAGCGACAUCGAACUCAUUCAACAUAUCAAUGUUGACGUUCACAGACUUUCCAGACUUUUAAAUGAAACGAUCCAAAAGUUCCGUCAGCUGAAAAAGUCGGCUCACCUCGUCCUGAUGAAUUCUCUGGAGAAGGCCGUUUGGAAUUGGAUGGACACUUAUCCGCACGAGUUUGCCGAUUUGCAGAAGAGGCCGAACGAAGAGUUGGGCAAGGCCUGUGGAGAAUUGUUCGACGUUUUGGACUCGUUUGCCGACAAUAAGAAGGGACGAGCGGCUGCUGUCUGGCCUCUGCAAAUAAUGCUACUGAUACUCUCGCCAAAGGUCCUGGAGGAAAUUGUCAAUGCCGACACGGGCGCGCCCUGUUCGCCAAAGCACUCGAAGAAGAAGUCGUUCAUCGACAGUGUGAAAAAGGGACUGGGAAUGCACGGCGGGUCGAAUCGUCAACUUGUGGAAGCUGCCGCAGUCACCUGUGUCAAACUUUGCAAGGCCUCGACCUACAUCAGCAAUUUGGACUCGAAUAAUGUCAUUUUCACCCUCGUGCAGCACGUGAUGAGCGAUCUGACCUCGCUUCUUUUCAAUCCUUGCAAGCCCUUUUCACGCGGCCAGAGCUGCGUCGCUCAGGACAUCGAUUUAAUGAUAGACUGUUUCGUCAGUUGCUUCCGGAUCAAGCCUCACAACAACGAAGUACUUAAAGUCUGCCUAAACCUGAACUCGCCUUCGACCUAUCAGUUCGUCCUAGUCAGCUCAUUAUACAAAAUCGUUACCCAGCCAAGAUUACCAUGGUGGCCUCAAAUCGAUUUGGUUUACUCUCGCAGUGCCGAAUUGAGAAAUAUGUUCACUGACGCUUUAAAUAAAGUUACACAAAGUUACAUAUCGCACACGCCGUUGCGGAUGAUUCAGAGUUUAACCCUUAAGGGCAAGGAGCAGAAUAAAUAUCGAGACAGGGGAGAAGAAGUUUCCAGUUAUCGAAAUCUUCUCCUUUGGAUGGUCCGAUUAAUUCACGCUGAUCCCAUGUUGAUGCUAAACAAUCAAGGUAAAGCGGGUCACGAAAUCCAAAGUUCUACAUUAGAACUGAUAAAUGGUUUGGUUUCGCUGGUUCAUCAACCAACGAUGCCAGAUAUUGCGCACGAGGCGAUGGAGGCGCUUUUGGUUUUGCACCAUCCGGACAAAAUUAAGGCCUGGAAUCCGGAAGCGCCGAUCAACACUUUCUGGGAUGUCAGUUCCCAGGUUCUCUUCUCGAUCUCCCAGAAACUGACGCAGCAUCAGAUUCUUAAUUAUACGGAUAUUCUCAAAUGGCUGAGGGAAGUUCUUAUUUGCCGGAACGCCUUUCUUUCGCAGAACAAGGACUAUGCAAAUGUGGGCAGUCAAAUUGCCAUCUGCAAACAAGCACACAUCAAACUGGAGGUGGUUUUAUUUAUGUACCUGUGGAGUAUUGAUAUGGAGGCUGUUCUUGUGGCGAUGUCCUGCUUCGCUCUUUUGUGCGAGGAAGCUGAAAUUCGUUGCGGAAGUGACGAAGUUGCCGUUACGUGUCUUCUGCCUAAUUAUCAUUUAUAUGUUGAAUUAGCUCAAGCUUCGACUAUUUUAACAACUGCCAGCGGAGAAAGUAGGAUGUAUUAUCUUAAACAUAAUCAUGGUCGAGCUGCAUUGCAAAAACGGAUUAUGGCUCUCUUAAGAAAAAUCGAGCACUGCGUCAAUGGCGUUCAACCUGCGUGGGAGGAAACCUUUCGAAAUUGGGAACAGACCUCGCGACAAUUAUCCAAUUACCCAAAAAAUAAAACCGAAGACGGUCAGGUUGAAUCUUUCCACCGAAGCACCGGCAAACGAAGAGCCUCUCACCAAAAUUCGGAACACGAGUUGGAGGAGCAAAUCAACGAGUGGGCAAAUAUGACCGGAUUUCUCUGUGCUCUCGGCGGCGUUUGUCUCCAGAGAAAAUCACCUAGCCGACCUUUAUCUGGAAUGCCCUCGAAUCCCGAGCCCAAGCGAAGCUCCACCAAACUCGAUUCAGUUUCCUGUCUGACAAAUCCCAGCCAGGAAGUCCAGUACUGUCCAGUCACCCAAUUCGUCUUCAAUCUUCUGCGACUCUUGAUUUGCAACAACGAGAAAUUUGGCGCCCAGAUUCAGAAGCACGUGAAGGAAUUGGUCGGCCACGAGAUGAGUCCAGCUCUCUAUCCAAUUCUUUUCGACCAGAUCAAGAGCAUCGUGGAGAAGUUUUUCGACCAGCAGGGCCAGGUUAUUGUCAUGGAUGUGAAUACGCAGUUUAUCGAGCACACGAUAUUCAUUAUGAAGAAUGUUCUGGACUCGAAAACGGAUCAGCCGUCGGAAUAUUUGGGCAUGACGAGCAUCGAGGGCAUGAUGCUUGCGAUUGUGCGAUAUGUAAGACAUCUGGACAUGACGGUUCAUGCGAUUCACAUCAAGACGAAGCUUUGCCAGCUCGUCGAAGUCAUGAUGAAGAGGAGAGACGAUUUGGCGUUUCGACAGGAGAUGAAAUUUCGGAAUAAACUUGUUGAAUAUCUUACGGAUUGGGUCAUGGGAAACACUCAUCAAAUUGCUCCUUCUGGCGGUGGUGAUGUUUCCAUCAUCACGAGGGACUUGGACCAAGCUUGUAUGGAAGCGGUGGGAGCUUUAUUGAGAGGAUUGCCUCUUCAGCCCGAGGAAUCAGAUCGAGGAGAUUUGAUGGAAGCGAAAUCUCAACUCUUCCUCAAGUACUUUACACUUUUCAUGAACCUAUUAAAUGAUUGCAACGACGUAGCGGCUGAAGAGAAGGAAGUGGUUUCGAGGCAAAGACUGACAACUGGAAAGCUUUCCACUCUUCGCAAUGCUACGAUCCAAGCGAUGAGCAAUCUCUUGAGUGCGAAUAUAGACAGUGGCCUCAUGCACUCGAUCGACUUGGGUUAUAAUCGCGACCUCCAAACUCGAGCAGCUUUUAUGGAAGUGCUGACAAAAAUUCUUCAGCAGGGAACAGAGUUUGACACUCUCGCUGAAACGGUUUUAGCGGACAGAUUUGAGCAAUUGGUGCAACUGGUUACGAUGAUAAGCGACAAGGGAGAAUUGCCGAUAGCGAUGGCUCUUGCGAAUGUUGUCACGACCAAUCAGAUGGACGAACUUGCUCGUGUCUUUGUCACUCUUUUCGACGCCAAACACUUGCUCUCUCCUCUUCUUUGGAAUAUGUUUUAUCGCGAAGUCGAGGUUUCGGAUUGUAUGCAAACCUUGUUUAGAGGCAACAGUCUCGGCAGCAAAAUCAUGGCAUUUUGUUUCAAAAUUUACGGCGCGAGUUACCUCCAGAAUCUCUUGGAGCCGCUCAUCAGGCCUUUGUUGAACGAUCCGGUUACGGGAUUUGAGGUCGACAGUGCAAGAAUUGACGCUAAUGAGGAUAUCGAGCAGAAUGGCAGGAACCUGAUCGCCUUGACGCAGAAGGUAUUCGAUGCUAUUGUCUCUUCCGCUGAUCGGUUUCCACCUCAGUUAAGGUCAAUGUGUCACUGCCUCUACCAAGUCCUGAGCAAAAGGUUUCCACAGUGUCCUCAAAACAACAUCGGCGCAGUCGGAACCGUUAUAUUCCUCCGCUUCAUUAAUCCAGCGAUCGUCUCGCCCCAGGAAAUGGGAAUCGUCAACAAACCCGUGCCGCCUCAAGUAAAACGAGGCCUGAUGCUCAUGUCGAAAAUCUUGCAAAAUAUUGCCAAUCACGUUGAAUUCAGCAAGGAACAACACAUGCUGCCCUUCAACGACUUCCUCCGCGCCCACUUUGAAAUCGGUCGAAGAUUCUUCAUCCAAAUCGCCUCAGACUGUGAAACCGUGGACCAGGCGAGUCAUCCGAUGUCCUUCGUCUCGGACGCCAACGUUCUGGCACUCCACAGACUCCUCUGGAAUCACCAAGAAAAGAUCGGGGAUUAUCUGAGCAGCAGUCGGGACCACAAAGCCGUCGGGAGAAGACCCUUCGACAAGAUGGCUACUUUACUGGCCUAUCUCGGACCUCCUGAACACAAACCGGUCGAUUCACACUUACUUUUCUCAUCUUCAUACGCUCGCUGGUCCAGCAUCGACAUGUCAUCAACCAAUUUUGAAGAGAUAAUGGUGAAACACAACAUGCACGAGAAGGAGGAAUUCAAGAGCAUCAAGAGCUUGAAUAUUUUCUACCAAGCUGGAACGAGCAAACAGGGAUAUCCGGUUUUUUACUACAUCGCAAGACGUUACAAAAUUGGCGAGACGAACGGAGAUCUUUUGAUUUACCAUGUGAUUCUCACCCUGAAGCCUUUCUGUCACUCUCCCUUUGAACUUGUCGUGGAUUUUACGCACACAUGUUCCGAUAAUCGCUUCCGAACCGAAUUCCUACAAAAGUGGUUCUACGUUCUGCCCGAAGUCGCCUACGAGAAUAUCCACGCGGCUUAUAUCUACAAUUGCAACAGUUGGGUUCGUGAGUACACGAAAUUCCAUGACAGGAUCCUGGCUCCUCUCAAAGGCAACCGAAAGGUCGUUUUUGUCGAUGGGCCCGGAAGACUGAAUGAUCUGAUCGACACGGAGCAGCAAAAACUACCCGGAGCGACACUUUCGCUUGAUGAGGAUCUGAAAGUCUUCACGAGUGCGUUAAAAUUGUCGCACAAAGAUACCAAAGUCUCGAUAAAAGUGGGACCGACCGCGAUACAAAUAACAUCGGCGGAAAAAUGCAAAGUUCUCUCGCACUCAGUAUUACUCAAUGAUGUCUACUAUGCCUCGGAGAUUGAGGAAGUGUGUCUAGUCGAUGACAAUCAGUUCACCUUGACGAUUUCAAAUGAAGCGGGACCCUUGUCUUUCAUUCACAAUGAUUGCGACAGCAUUGUCCAGGCGAUCAUCCAUAUAAGAAAUCGCUGGGAGCUCUCGCAACCAGACUCCAUGUCAGUUCAUCCGAAAAUCCGUCCAAAGGAUGUUCCCGGAACUCUUCUCAACAUGGCUCUCCUGAAUUUGGGGAGUUCGGAUCCGAAUUUAAGGACCGCCGCCUACAAUCAACUCUGCGCUCUCACAGCGACUUUUGAUCUCAAGAUCGAGGGACAACUCCUCGAGACUUCCGGCCUCUGUAUACCCUCGAACAAUACGAUUUUCAUCAAACAUCUGAGCGAGACUCUUGCCGCGAACGAUCCGCAUCUGACCCUCGAGUUUCUCGAAGAGUGCAUCGAGGGUUUCAAGGUCUCGACGAUUGAACUGAAGCAUCUAUGUCUGGAGUACAUGACACCCUGGCUCAAUAAUCUCGUGCGAUUCUACAAGCCAAAUGACGAGGGGGGGAAACGGCAGAAGCAGGUGACUCAGAUCCUCGAGAAACUGAUCACUCUGACGAUUGAGGAGGUGGAGAUGUAUCCGAGCAUUCAAGCGAAAAUCUGGAGUACGAUCGGAAGACUUCCGGAUUUGAUAGACACUGUUCUGGAUAAUUUUAUUCAGAGGAGUGUUCGUUAUGGUUUGGGAUCGCCGAUGGUGGAAAUUAUGGCUGACACGGCAGUCGCUUUAGCUUCCGGGAAUGUUCAGCUCGUCGCGAAGAAGGUGAUUGGAAGACUGUGUCGGGUUGUCGACAAAACUUGCACCUCUCCAACUCCUUUGCUGGAACAGCACAUGAUGUGGGACGAUAUUGCCAUCCUCGCACGAUACCUGCUGAUGCUCUCUUUCAAUAAUUGUCUCGAUGUCGGAAAACAUUUGCCAUAUCUCUUCCACACGGUGACCUUCCUCGUCUGUUCCGGAAGUCUCAGUAUGAGGGCUUCCACUCAUGGAUUGGUUAUCAAUAUCAUCCAUUCUCUCUGUACCUGUAGCUCGCCCUCGUUUUCGGAAGACACCUACCGGGUUCUGAGAAUGAGCCUCGACGAGUUUUCCCUGCCAAAGUUUUACUUGUUGUUUGGAAUUAGCAAAGUUAAGUCUGCCGCUGUGACUGCCUUCAGAUCUAGUUACCGGCAUUCAAACGAAAAAUGGUUUGGCAAUGAGCGGACCAUGGGUGGAGUUCAGGACCGAGAGAGACUCUCCUUGACCAGUUUGGAAGUGAUAACGGAUGCCCUCCUGGAAAUUAUGGAAGCCUGUAUGAGAGACAUUCCGAAAUGUGAUUGGUUGCGAACUUGGACCUCUCUCGCCAAGAGUUUCGCCUUUUGUUUCAACCCUGCCUUGCAGCCGAGAGCUCUUAUUGUUUUUGGCUGCAUCAGUAAGAGCAUCACUGAUCAGGAUAUCAAACAGCUCCUCAGGAUUUUGGUCAAGGCUCUCGAAAGCUUUAAUGAUAUCACUCUUCUCGAAUCAAUUGUCAUGUGUCUCACGAGACUGCAACCUCUUCUCAGACCAGAAUCACCUAUUCACAGGUAUGUGUUCUGGGUAGCCACUUCCGUUUUGCAAUUGGACGAGGCCUCGCUAUAUGCCUCUGGUUUAGCACUUCUAGAACAAAAUUUGCAUACUCUCGACUCUCAGGGAACUUUCGAAGAUAAGACUCUGGAAAAAGUGAUGAUGUCGACCCGGGAGCCUUUAGAGUGGCAUUUUAAGCAACUGGAUCACGCAGUUGGACUAUCGUUUAAAUCCAACUUUCAUUUUGCACUCGUUGGUCAUUUAUUGAAAGGAUAUCGACAUCCUACUCCAACUACUGUCACAAGAACAGCUCGAGUCGUCACGAUGUUGCUAGCAAUUGUCGCGAAACCAUAUCGAAGAGAUAAGUUUGAAGUCACACCUGAAAGUGUUGCUUAUCUUGCUGCUUUGGUGUCUGUUUCUGAAGAAGUAAGAAGCAGGUGUCAUAUAAGACAUUCUCUUGGCAGAAAUGAUUCUGGCAGUAAUGACUUUCUCGAUACUCUCAUAUCGCAUGGCUCCGAGGUUCCAGCUGGUCCCAACAAUCCACCGAAUCGAAGACAAAAAUCUUGGGAUCUUCUUGACCAAUCAGCAAUCACACAAGCUCGUCAACUGAAACAGCAUCCUUCUCAUCAGCGAUCUUUCUCGGUACCAUCUACGAAGGAAGCGAAGCCCACCGAUGAAUUGGAGCCAAAGAAUCGAAGCACCAGAGUCAGUGUGAGCAACGAGAACAACGUGCUGUUGGAUCCAGAAGUCCUGACGGACUUUUCCACUCAGACGCUCGUCCUUACUGUUUUGGCUACUUUGGUGAAAUACUCGACUGAGGAAAAUGAAACUAGAAUUUUGUACGAAUAUCUAGCAGAAGCCUCGGUAGUUUUUCCAAAAGUCUUCCCUGUUAUACAUAAUUUACUCGACGCUAAAAUAAAUAGUGUGUUAUCAUCUUGUCACGACCAAGCAAUUCUAAGUUCAGUUCAGGCGAUUAUUCAAAAUAUGAUAGCUUGCGAGGACACAAGUCAACAACAAUUGCAUUAUUUGCAAAGCUGUGGUUUUGGUGGACUUUGGAGAUUCGCAGGGCCAUACACAAAGUGCAAUCGUACGGCUGAGAGUGCCGAGUUAUUUGUUAAUUGUCUCGAGGCAAUGGUAGAAACUUGCUUACCAGUGGAAGAAAACGAAACGAUAACGCACAACGAGUCUUCCUCCGAGCACAUAAAGCGAUCCGCUGAUCAGGAAAAAUCGAAUUCCCACCCUGGAAGCGAUCGCUCGAAAAAUCGUUAUUCUUCCGAGGAAAAUGAGGAUUUGAGAAACUCCACUUCUCUCAGUCGUAAAGAUGGAGAGAGAAGAAUCGGAAGAUUGGCAGAUAUGGCGAGUCAAGAAAGUUCGAGUAACAGUAGCGGUGGCUCGCAACCCUAGCGAUUAAUUUCGGCGAGGCAGAGUGUCGAAUCUCGAAAAGAAAAUCUCCCAAAGUCUGAAAAACAAAGGAGGAAUCGCUGGCUGCCUGCUAUUGCUGCUACAUUAAUCCAAUGCCGUCCACUUGCGCUAAUGAGAAAAAUUCUCGAGGAAACAGCCAGCGUGAAUCUUAUUUUUUAUAUACCAAAAGUUCCACCAACGCGCGACAAUUUUGAGAUUUGUCUUUCGAAUUCAAAACUUGCGACAUAAUACUCAAGAGGACACGGUUUUUCCAAAUAAAAUGUUUAAGUUAAUAAUUAUUUAAUUAAUUUUUAAAUUAAAUUGCAAUGCAUGAAGCAUAGGAAAUUUAGAAUCUUGACAAGUGUUGAGAAUGAAAGACCAGAAGAUGCUGAUAUUAUAAUUUUCAUAUUAAAAUACCCGAAUAGUGGACCACCCCAUGAAAAAUAAGUAUUUAAGUAGAGAGUUUUUUAUAAAUAUUUAUUCAGUAACAGUCGACAGCUUCAUGAAAAUUAAUUAUUCAAAUAAAUUAUUAAUAAAUAAUAAGUAAAAGUAUUUAACAUGGGGUCGUUAACGUAUAUGAGUUAUGCCUAUAUUUUUGCAGUCACCAAAUUGUUACUCUGCACUUAACAAUUACUCAGCAUUUUUUCUUGUAUUCUAUACGCAAUGAUAUUUUGCUUAAGAUCUGUACAUAAUUUGUAGAUAUUUUUACCUUUAAGAUACUUUUAGGCGUUUGCUUCAAAAUAAUGAACAAAGAAUUUCCAGUUGAAAGUUUUUUCUUAAUUUUUUUGAGGGUAUUUCGUAAAUUAUUUGCGCUCCAUUUAAAAGAGAAUUAUCAGUAUUUUACUGCUAUUGUUAGUCAUUUGUUCAUAUUUGUUAAUUUCGAUUUAAAGAGCUAAUCGCUCUUUGCAUUUAAACUUCGAAACCAGACUUGCCUUGAUUUUCUUCUGAAGCUAUUUCAUCUUCUGUAAUUGUAUUUCCGGCGUUAAUUGUUUUCUUUGUACCGCAGACUAAUGAAUUCAUUAAUAUUUUUAUUUAUUCGCCAAGGCAAUAUUUUUCAUCUCUGGUGAAAAUUAUGUUUUCUCUCUGAGAGGUACAAACUAGGAGUUUUAGAAUUGAUGCAGUGUUCUCUCUGAAAUAGGGGAGAGACCGCCCAGAGUGGGUAAUCAUUAAUUAUGAGCACAAAUAUGGGUAAAGUAAUGAAUUAUAAUUUAUAUGUAUAAAUUCGUAUGUUUACAGGCUUAAUUAUUAUUUUAAUUUAUUAUUUUACAUAAAUUUGUAUUUUAAAUUAAUGAUUAUCGAGAGUAGGACGGUUUCCCCUAAACCUAAACUUUGUGCGAAAAAGGUUUUCAAUUAUGACAUUGCACAGU